AUUUCGUUAAAAGCAACAUGGAGGAAAACCUGUCAUUUCCCCGAACCCUAACCUGGUUUCCGAACUGUCCUAACCCUAAAGUUUGUUGUGUGUUUGUUUCUGCAGAAAUUUGGUUUAAAGUGAUACUAAUAGUGUGAUCAGCAUGGAGAAUCCCAUCUGCCUUCCGGGCCAACGUUUGUCCAUAUGCGACAACGUCUACACUUGCGGACAGGGCACAUAUCAAAGGCAGGGCUACAUUUACUCCAUGCUGGCCGGCACUGUGGACGUGGUUGAUCGCAAUGGGGUAAAAGUGAUCGAAGUGCACAGCACCGGUGAGCAGACAGUGAUUCCCACCCAAGGCGACAUAGUCACUGCCCAGGUCUAUAUAAUUACUCAGCAGUUUGCCAAAUGCUACAUAAAAUGCAUUGGCAGCACAGUGCUGAGGAGCCCCUACAGGGGUCUAAUCCGGCGGGAGAACAUCAGAGCUACUGAAAAGGACAAGGCCGAGGUCUUUAAAAGUCUCCGGCCUGGAGAUAUUGUGUUGGCGCGAGUGCUGCCCAUAACGGAGGCCCACUCUUACCAGCUGAGCACGGCCGAGAACGAAUUGGGCGUGGUGAUUGCCCAUAGUGAGCAUGGUUACCCCAUGGUUCCAGUCAGUUGGACAGAGAUGCAAUGCCCCAAGACUCUGGUGAAGGAACCGCGAAAAGUGGCCAAAAUCAUCCCCGAAAACAUCGACACGGGGGGUAUAGUGGUUGACUCGUGAGAGACCGAUCCCUCUAAGACUGAAGUUCCUGAUAUAUUUUUAAAGUAAAGUCGCAAAUCAGUUGUGAAAGAA